UUGCACGUCGUAUCGAUGGCUUUGGGAAAGAACUUGCUUCCUUUCUUAAGUGCCCCCUUCGCUUCCCAGAAGUGAUUUUUCGACCUUUGUCUGCUGUUGAAUACUGGGAAAGGGGGAGGUGAAUGGUCCCAUGCAGCGAGGGUCUCCGCUGGACCCGGUGCUGCCGUCUGACUGUACACAGGGCGUGAUUUAAAGGGCCUGUCAGCUGUGACCUCAGCGCCCGGCCCGCACCGCACAGUGGCGGGUCCGUGCCGAGAAAGGCCGUCUUUGUGCUGUGAUUCGACGCACAAGCAUGGAAGAGCGCCUCUAGUAUUCCUGCAGACGCGGACGGGCGAUAGGGACACGUCGUGCCUUUUCAUAACAGUGAGCCACUUACAGGGCGUCCCGUUCCUUGGUUGGCUGUACUUGGAGUUUCUCCAGGGCCCUCCUGCUCCUUGGGUUUCUUUACCUCACCCAGCGGCACUGGUGAUGAAAAUGGGGACGAAUGAAUCACUGAAUGAAUGAAUUUCACAUUCAUAUAGCACUUUUUUUCCAAGUCACCCAAAGCGCUUUCCCGAACUAAUGGGGAACCACUUCAGCCACCACCACUGCACCACUGCAGUACUGCGCUUACAGCCGUCCUUGUCUCAAAUGUGUACAGUUGAGCAUUUGGUGCCAUUGUUUAGAGGUAAUGGACAGCAAGUGACAUGGGCACCGAGACGUUCACACCAUCCGGCGACCAGCAGCUCUGAGGUUUGCUGAGCUCGUCAGUACAUCUGGCUGAGUGCUGCAAGGAUAGCUGACUGGACUGGACCCGGCCACAGAGGAGCCCUAAAGAACGGUCUGACAGGGCAAUAACCCUAGGGCAAUUUGUCUAAGCAGCCUCCAUAGUCAAACCAGAAAGAACAGUCCACAGAGAAUCCAGUAAUGGAAUUUAGGAAACGGAUGCCGGUGGCCAAUGCAUGACACAAAAGGAGUGUGACCCCCUGGUGUCGGACCCGACAGAUAGAUUUGGAUAGUGGACACCCUGGGAGUCAUGAAUCUGGGACCAGUCGAGACAGACAAAUGGGAAGUGUCCGCGGAAUGCGGCAGGGUGAAGAGGCCUGACACAGAUGAAGACAGGGUCCCCUGCUAUGCCUGCAACAUCUGCAGCAAGAGUUUCCCAUUGCAGAGCUCGCUGUCACAGCACAUGCGAAAGCACAUGGGGGAGAAGCCAUAUAAGUGCCCUUACUGUGAGCACAGGGCCUCCCAGAAGGGCAACCUCAAGGCCCACAUCCGGGGCCACAAGCUGGGUACACUGAGCCAUAGGCACGAAGAGCCUGACGCCGAGCUAGAGGAGGCCGGCGUCUCCGAGGGCCUAGGUGGCUGCACGAGCCCCACUGACAGCACGUCGGCCUGCAAUGGUGUGGCUGGCGUGCCAGAAGGAGGCCGAAAGACCCCAGCGAAGGGCUCUAGAAGAGAAGGCCCAGCUGGGCAAGAGGAGGCCAGGGGGUUGGCGCUGCAGUGCCCAUUGUGCCGGCGCAGACUGAGUGGCCGGGCUGAACUGGAAGAGCAUGUCCGGCUCCACAAGCCCUAUCGCUGCCGGCUGUGUGGCUUCAUGGCCGCCCGUGAGGACCAGUUGCUUUGCCACAUUGAGAAGGUGCACAUCACCGUUGAGGCAUCCCCACCAGAGGCCCCGUGUGCUGAGGCCCACUUUCCCUGUAUGCUGUGUGACCAGGUCUUCAGCCAAGCAUGGGUUCUCAAGGCACACAUGAAAAAGCACCCGGCCGCCCUGGAGCACAGGUGUCACAUAUGUGGGCGGCACUUCCGUGAGGCCUGGUUCCUGAAGAACCACAUGAAGACCCAUGGCGGCAGGUCCGGUGGCCGGGGCAAGCCCAGGGGGGACUCUGAGCCUACGGCCACCAUCAAUGACGUUGCACAGGAUGAGGCUGGCUUGUUUAACAGACUGUGCCUUUUUGAGCUCUGCUCCAAAUGUGGGAACCUUUUCCAUGACCAAGAGAGCCUGCGGGUGCAUAAGAAGGUCCAUGGUCCUAGCCACAGGGUGAACGGCAGGAGGCCAAAUGGGCGGCGGAAACAGACCGAUGAUGCCGACUCGACGUCCACUAAAAAGAGCUUCAUGGAGUGCCUGAAUUUGAGGCCAGCCACGGCUCGAGAGAAUCCCCUGGAGGGCAGGGUGGGUAAACGCAUUCCGGAGCUGGACCCCAUAUGCAGCUACCAAGCCUGGCUGCUGGCCACCAAGGGCCGAGUGGCUGAGACUUUGGAGAACGGCAAAUGCCUCAGCUCUGAUGAGGUGCUGGUGGAUGCCGACGUGGCUUACGACCGAGACAAGGGCGAGUAUGUCCUGGUAGGGCAGGAAAGAUACAGGCGUGAGCCGGACACCCAUGGAGCCUCAAGCCAUCGGAAGAGGCGAGCCAGCGGGAGCCACACCCGGCAGCAGGCCCGCAGUGGCAGUGGAGGAAGCAACCACCGGCAGAGCCCCCGUACCUGUGGGCAGCCAAGCCCCAGCAGCUUGGAAGACCUCAGUCCAGAGGGUGCGAGUGACUCUGAGUACCGACCACCAUCCCGCCAGAGCAGGCGCUCCUCACAGAGCAGGAGCGCUGAAUGCUUUGAAUGCGGACGUGUGUUUCGCACUCACCACCAGAUGGUGCUGCACUCCCGUAUCCACCGCAAGGGCGGCCGUGGCAGCUCUGACAGCAGGAGCCUGCUGUCCCAGGGAGAGCGCUCCCCCAGCGAGGCCGAGUCAGGUUCCAUGAGCCGACCCAGCACCCCCGGCUACGAAGACUCACCCCUGUCCUCUGCAAGAGGAGAAGAUGUAACCGGGGAAAGAGAUAAGAAGCCUUACAUUUGCAGCCACUGUAGCUUUGGGACCUCUGACCUCUCGACCUGGGCGUCACACACAAAACAUUAUCACCAGGAGACACGCGAGACCUUCACUGUGACAGGGACGUCCCCACAGGGGCACAGUGCAGCGGGUGGACUGGGUGGCGGCUGCCCCAAACUGAGGAAGGCCUUGCUCCAAGUGAGCCUCGUGUCCCAUGCCCCCACCUCUCCCCCCAGAGGGUGCUCUCCUGGAAGCCCGGCUGAUCCCCAGAAUAGGGCUACUGACCCCCUUGACCUGACAGCUAAGUCAGAGCUGUCUGUGGCUAAUACCCAGAAUGCUCUGCUCAGUUACCCGUGCGUCAGCUGCCCAUUUGUCACCCGCUACCCGGAGGUCCAGCGAAUCCAUCAGCGGGUCUACCACAAAGUCCGAACUGGCAACCCGGGCCCCCGGAGGCCCAUGAAACGGCGUACGGGACCUCCCCCCGCCCUGGGAGGCGAGGAGUGCCUCCCCCUGCCUCUCGGCUGCGUCUCACGCACACGCCCCCCAACCCCCAUUGCUCCAAAGACAGGGGUGGGAUCAGACUCUGGUGGCAACCAGCCUGGUGCCCAGAGGAGGAAGGACUGUGCUCCAGGGUUGAGCCCAGCUAAGAAGCCCAAAACCUGGAGGUCUGGAGCUGACGAGGCGAUGUCGGCCAGGCCCAGACCGGAGAUGUAUCCCAGACUGGUCUCAUCGGGGGGCUCUCCUCGAGAGCCUGGCAGCCGGCUGGAGCAGCCCACGCCUCCUCAGGAGGACCGACGUGUACUGGAGUGUGCCGGUGAGGAGACCGCUUCGCCAGAAAGGAUCCACGGGCGAGCCGAAAGCCGGGCCCUCAGACUCGGGGGCGAGUCGCGCGAUGGGUCGGCACUGGGCUCCUCCCGAAUCAGUAGCUCCACUGCGCUCGAUCUGCCACACCAUGCAGUGAAGAAAGAGCUGACCACAGAGGAUUCACCCCCACCUGCAGACAUCCUGAAUUUCUUUAAGAGCUACAGGUCCCAAGAUCUGGCCACGGUCUACCAGCGAUGGGGUUCCACCAGUCCUGUGCUGAGUCAGGCGGGGACAGCGAGGUCAGCGCUGCGCCAAGGAGACUACCUCUGCGGGGAGUGUGGGCGGACCUUCAGUCAGCCCAGCCACCUCCGCACCCACGUCAGGUCCCACACAGGCGAACGUCCCUUCCAAUGCCAGCUCUGCCCGUACAGCUCCUCCCAGAAAGGCAACCUGAAGACCCACGUCCAGUCCGUGCACCGCAUGGCCUUCAUCAACGCUCACUACCCCGACGUCAGGUCCCAACAUGGCACCACCGAUGACCCCUGUCAGCCUGAGGAGGCCAGCGGUGUCUCUGCCCAGCCCGGAGACCAGCCGGCCCCCGGCACCACUGUACUCGACUGACCCCCGCCCGCCCUCGGGACCUGCUCAAGGGCGGACCGAGAGGAGGCAGUGAGGUGGUGGUUUGGUGUCAGUGGCCGUAUGUGAAAACACGCCCAAGGAAUGAGACGAACAAGUUCCCAGUUCAGUCUGUUUUGAAUACUGAACACCUCAAAAAAUUUUAGAAGAAUUUCAGCCAUUCAGAGGACAUACAGAGUAAAAAAAAAAAAAAAAGAUUAACUGCUUGCUUAUGUAUUUACUUAUUCUUUUCUUUUUUCACCUCAGAACAUGCUAGGAGAUUAAAAUGGAGGACUGUGGUGUGUCUCCUGCUGUUUUCUUAUUUCAGAGCAAACCAAACUUAGAAGCCAUGUGACUGGUCGAGAUAUGAAGCAGAGAAACACUUCUCUUCUCUCUUUUUUUUUUUUUUUUUAAAAGAUUUGCCUCUUGAUUAUUUGAAACCACUCUGUCUAAGUGGAUUUCCGAAUGCGGAAACGCUGUGACCAGCGUCCCGCUGGGGGGACAGGCAAUCUGAUUUCUGACAGAAACGUUUUGGGGAGUCUCAAAGGAAGAGUUUAGUUUUUACUCAGGAUCUGGACAGGGCCAAAUUCUGGGGUCUGCCAGCAGGGCACCCACAGACCUCCUGCAGCGGGGAGGGGGCUGAUCGGGGCUCCCCGGCUUGCCUUUGGGGCGUUUUAGACGUUAAUGCUUCAUGCGACGUCUGAACGAGUGCAUCGUCCUCUGCGUCGCCACAUUCACUGUCUAAUGCCGGCGCACGUCUCUCUUUCCGUUAAAGUUUUUUAUUGUUUGUUUCCCAGGCACCCCCCUCCCCCGUUCCCCCCCACCAUACCACGUACAGUUCAAUGAAGUGACUACUUUCAUAAAAAUUAUUAAAAGUAGCUUUAGCUGAACAGCAGCUGCCUUCCCACCACACACAGGACCGGAAGCCAUCGUCUACAUAGAGCGAAACGGGCUGUUCAAAGCACUAAAUGAGUCCCAGCAAGUUUCUGAGCUACUGCCCUCCACACAAAGCACGCUACCUGCUGUCAUCAGUGAUUUUUAAAGUGACGUCUCUUUUGAUACGACGUCACGUUUUAUAUAAACGAAACCUAAAAACAUCAAGUCUCUGUAUGUAUGUAUGUAUAGCGGUCACAUGAUAUCCGUCUGUGAGUAUUUCUGACUGAAAUGUACUGUACUGUACAUGUACUGUAACGUGCUCUGCUUGAGACGGGCUCAUGUGACCCUCCCGUGGUCACAGUAGGUGUUCCAGCCGUUCACUUAUCGUCCAAAUGGCCGAUGAGCCGACCCUCAGCCACACCCCUUGUGGUGGCAGUGAGGCGGGGCCACGUAGCGCAGAGGGCUGCCUCUCCGACGUUAAACCCUUUACAGCGUCAGAUACCAAAUGAAGUUGCUGGCAGGCCGUGCUGUGCUCGGCCUCUUCCCUCACUCAUUAUGCAUCGUCUGUAGGGCCCAUUAUUAAUUAUAUGCUGUACUGGAAGGGUUCAGGCGCUUAAGAGCACUGCGGUCUCAUCGUCACCCAUCAUCUUUCUUUCCUCCAUCUUCUCUGAUGGCCUUUAGGUCUCGAAUCUUCUGCUUGCAUCUCAUAGAGGCGCUUGUAAAGUUUGAGCCGAAGGCAGUUGAUGUUCAGACUUUUAUAACAGAGAAGGGUGAUUUUCAAAUGGUCGAGCUAUUAAUGGAAUCCCUUAACCUUGAUCACAGACCGGAGGAGUUUGUAAGGCACGAAACCAAGCCGUUACUUCCAUGUAAUCCAUCAGAAGGAUCCACUGGAUUAUUAGAAUCAUUCAGACGUUCCCUUUUUCCCCUCUAAAAAUAAGUACAGAAUCCAACUUUUUAAGAAAAAUGAUUAUAACGAGGACUAUUUUGAAAUAAUUAGAUGUUUUUAACCUUGCAUCAGUUGUAGUCAUACAGGUAUUUUCCGUAGAAUAAAUGAUUUGGUAAUAUUAAUGAAUAAAUCUGUUGCUGGAAUAUAGCGAGCAGGACCGUAGAAGCCCUGCAUUAGCUGCAGAGUUAGCUGCAGAGUUCUCCACUGAGACAGAGAUUGGGCUACAGCCAACCAGCAUGUUAUUAGGUAACAACUAAAACAAAACUUUGGGAAUCUGGUUUUUAUUCCCAGGUAAAAAUCACUUUAAUUAUUAAACUAAAUGAAACCAUUUCUAAUAAAAACAAUGGCUGGUAGCAUUAAAUAUAACGACAAUUACACUGAUACUGAAAUGAGUGUACGCUCAAUUUCAAUAUGUUUUUUUGCAUUUACAGGCAUUUUUAAAUAGCUUUUCCUACCUACAUUCAAAACCUUUGCACAGUUUAAUUGGUUGGUAUUUGGUAAGCAGGCGACUUACCUACAUAAGAAGAACGUAACUACUGUGGAUGUUAACUAUAUUUUAGAUGCAGUAUAGAUAUUUACAGUGGAGGGUGAGACAGGAUAACAUUCAGUGCAUUCAGUGUUUUUGCAAAGGAAUGCCAUUUUUUUGUGGAAGCCAUUUCGAAGUGCGUUCUCCUGUUAGGGUGCCCACUACAGCGUGUGUAUUAAAAAAAACCCAGGUUGACCCAAUGUAGUGAACUGUGAUUAUUAUACAGUAAGUUACCAUGCAUCACCAUGGAGAUAGAAUCUGUAAUAUGACAGAUACGUACAGCAGGAAUCUCCGGCAAAACAGUGAUGUUUCUUUUAAAAAAUGAGUACCUACUCAACUUUUAGUCUAAUCGAUAUAUAUAUAUAUAUAUAUAUAUUUUUUUUAUCAAUAGAAGGUUUUCAAGCCUUGCAUGUAACUUUGAGACCGAGUUCUAAACUAAUAUGAACUGCAGUCUGCCCUCCUGCUUAGCUCUACGCAUCAGUGUGACACAUUGAGCUGUUUAUUUCCUGUGCAUCUCAGUCCUCAUUGGGGAAAUGGCGACAUCCCAUGAUGCAUCUUGUCUGACGUCAUAGAUGGUAUGCCAAGGCUCAUCUCUCCCUCAACUAAUAAAACUCAUUAUUCUUAUGUUAGAAAUCUACAUUACCUUAACAUCACACUGUUAAUGCUCAAUUUAAAGAUUCUGGGUGCUCUUUGUCAUUUGUUAUUUAUGGUUUUAUUGUUUUAUUCGUCAGGUUUACUAACCAGCUGUGGCUGGUUUCACAAAGCAGGAUUUCUUGCUCAGCCGGAUAACUUCUUGAAUUUAAGGUAGUCUGAGCUAGAUGCACUUUAUCUUUGUACACUUACAUUUAGCCCAGACUACCUUAAAUCUAACAAGCUAUCCGACUAAGCAAGAAACCCUGCUUUGUGAAACAGGCCCCAGUGUUAUUUACUGAAUUCAGUUUAUGUACCUUGCUGAAGGGUUGUAUAACAGGGUCCUUGUCUUGGGGUCAAAUGUGGUUUAUGACCUGAAACUGAAGGAAAAGACCGACCCCCUCCCCAUACAUCCCGCUUCAGCCCUUCGGAAGAUAAGGACAUCCCGUGUGUGAUUAAUAUGUUCUUUGAGACUUUUUCAUUGCAAUUUUAGUUUCUUCGUAGAAAACUGUAUUUAAUGUGUUUGUGUUUGGCUGUUAAUAUAUAUUUUCAGCUACAAUGGAUCAGAAACUAAAUCACAUGUAUAUUUUUGUUUAACGUGAGUUAACCCUAGCAUAUGGACUGCUACUAAUUACCAAGAUUCUACCUCCUCUCCACGUGAACCAGCUUUCACUUCUCAGCUUCUCUUUUAUGUUUUUUUUUUUUUUUUUUUUGUACGUUCAGGUGGUGAAGCUCCCACAUUAAAGAUGUGAAUGACA